AUGAGUUGGGGUCACCGCCCUCCGGCGGGGUCGGCCUACGACCCGAGACAGAACGCCUUUUCCGAGAUAUUCUCUCGACCCGGACCAGCGACGAUGGCAUCAUCCGCGGGAUACGGACAGCAGCAGCAGCAACACCACCACCAGCCGGCGUCGUCGGCCUCGCCGGCCUCGGCGUCGAUUGCCUCGUCGUCGUCGUCCCCGUAUUACUAUCCGGCCACGCAUGACGACUUUGGAUCGCCCAUUGCGCCCUCAUCACCGUUCUAUGGAGCCUCGACGCAUGCGUACCCUGCAGCACCUCUGCCGCCGCCCGGCGCCGCCGCCACGCGUCGAUCGAUGGGAGGAGCUGGCUCAGCACCUGCGACUGGCCUCGCAAACCGAUCGAGCGUGAUCAACCCCGUGUAUGCCACUCCGUCGACCUCGGCACUCCCUCCCGCGUCCUCAGUGCCAGUGCGACCGACUCCCCAGUACCCUGGCACCUCUUCCGAGCUGCUGACGGGCUAUUCGCAUGCUCACCCACGUCACCAGCACCCGCACGUCGUUCUCGAUUCAUCGCGGAAUGGGUCGUACUACCAAGGCGCCGGCCCCAACUUCGCGUCAAACGUAGAGUCCCACAAUGGUUGGCUGCAUCGUCCUCAGUCGAUCGCAUCCUUGCACUCCAAUUCCUAUGGAUUGGUCUCCCUCGACACGCGGGGCAGCGCUCCGUCUCCGUCCCCGAGCCUACACGGAUCCAGCGCCAAUUCAAUACGGUCCGGAUACAGCGUGGGGCGUCCUAUCCCUCAGGUAUCUGGACCGCCAACGGCUUCUACGAGUGCCUAUGAUCUCUCGACAGUGCGAAGAAGCCAGCCGUCGUAUGCUCCCCCCGCCGCGGGCCCUCGUCGUCUCUCGUCGGGCCCGUCCGUUUCGGACCACCUCCCGACGGCCACGCCCCUCACACCCCCCGCGGGCUACGGGAACGGGGUAUUCUCAGCUGCCCCCCGUCUACCUGCCAUCGUGCAGGACGACUUUGUCGGGUUCGACGCGUCGAGGGCGUAUGGAGAAGGUGGGGGCCAAACACCCACAGCCGAUCUUCCCGGCUUGGUCAGCAGUGAAGAGCUGGGUGCUGAAGGAAGCCGGUCGAGCAUGUACUACCAGGGCGACCGACAAUCGCCGGUGUCAACUCUCGAUUCUGCCCACACUUACGAUGACGAUGAACCUUUCGGCACGCCGUCCGCUCACCCCUCGAAUUACUGUGAGUCUGCUGCGCUCGCCCGUGAACCAUCUUUUUAGUCCUGUACUGACAAAAUCAAGGCCCUCUUCUCUUGCAGCCACCUACGAAUCUAGCGUAUACAACGGCUCGACUGUAGAAUACUCUCGGCGAAGCUCAGGCGAAAGCGACCGUAUUUCAAUGCACUACGGGCAAGCCUCCGACGGGCGAUCGCCAGGCCCAGCCCAAUUCGGACCCUCGCACAAAGCUCCCGAUCAGCUGUAUCUCGGGACCAAUGAGGCAGCUCAUCACCCUGCUGCCCCCUUGAACCCCCGACGAUCCUCAGAAUCGAUGCGCAUGACGCCCCUUUUGCCCAAGGUAGAUCCCCACCCGGGUAGACCCCGCUCUCUUUCAGGAGAGGCCCCUGGUGUGCGCCGCUCCGAGCCGGCGAACCCGCACACGCGGCCUUCAUCGAUGUUCAGCAUGCAAAGCGCCCAAGACUUUGCUCCAAGGCGGGCUCCUGUGGUCUACCCAGCGCUGUUGUCGAGAGUGGCAGAAGCCUUCAAAGCGCGCAUCACCCUCAGCGAGCGCGUCAAGGACGGUCUCGUCUACCCGGCCACGUUCGAUGGCCGGGACGCGGUAGACAAGAUCGCGUACAUCAUUCGGACGUCCGAUCGCAAUCUGGCCCUCUUGUUGGGACGAGCGCUGGAUGCCCAAAAGUUGUUCCACGACGUCACUUACGACCACCGCUUGCGAGACUCGCCCCUCGAGCUGUACCAAUUCCGCGAACGACUGGCCCUCCCUUUCAUCAAACCCGAUGACCUAGUGUUGCAAUUCGACGGCCAGUCACCCGUAUCGAGGCCGGGCUCGAUCGCCGAAACGACCGCUUCGAACGAAGAGAGCGUGCCAUCUGGCGUCUUCACCUUGCUCACGGACUGUUACUCGCCGACCUGUACCAGAGACCGACUAUGCUACAGUAUAGCUUGCCCGCGACGCCUUGAACAGCAGGCUCGAUUGAACUUGAAGAUCAAGCCAGGCCUCCAGCGCAGCGUGAGCUCGGAGAGUCUCGGGGACCUGAGGGUACGUCAUCCUAUAGCGGACACGAUGGUAACGGCCGGCUGCGGUGACCACUGACCAUUGCACUACGACAUCACCAGGAGCCUGGGUCGCUGUGGAUCCACUCCGUGUCGCAAGAGGUGGCCGAUGCGACGUCCGACACCGAGAAGAAGAGGCAAGAAGCUCUCAAUGAAGUCUUCUACACCGAACGGGACUUUGUGCGAGAUCUCGAGUAUCUGCGAGACGUGAGAGAGCUUUCCCGUCUUCAUCGUGAUGUAUCCGAUUCAGUAACCCCCAAGCCAAAUCACUCAUUCUUGAUGAUCUUCCAUUAUUCAUCCUUACACAGAAAUGGAUAAAGCCGCUGAGAACGCAAAACAUCAUUCCCGAAGGUCGACGAGAAGAAUUCGUCACCCAAGUGUUUUGGAACGUGCUCGAGAUCCACUCUGUUUCUGUGCGGCUGGCCGAGUUGCUCAACAAACGACAGAAGCAAGCCGAGCUUGUGCACCACGUUGGCGACAUCUUUCUCGAGCUGGUACCACACUUUGGGCCGUUCGUCAAGUAUGGGGCGCACCAGCUCUACGGCAAGUACGAGUUCGAGAAGGAGAAGGGUUCCAAUCCUGCGUUUGCCAGAUUCGUCGACGUGAGUGAAUACUCUUGACUCCACGCUCCUGCCCUCCUUUGGUCCGCUUCGGUGCCGACGAAUACGCUUGCAUGAUGUGAUCACAGGAAACGGAGCGUUUGCCCGAAUCUCGCAAGCUCGAGCUGAAUGCGUACCUCACCAAGCCGACGACUCGCCUUGCCCGGUACCCCCUGCUUUUGGAAGCGUGCCUCAAGCACACGCCCGAAGACAAUCCUGACAAGGUCAAUCUCCCCAAAGUCGUCAAGCUGGUACGCGAAUUUUUAGGAAAGGUCAACGUCGAAUCGGGCAAGAGUGAGAACCGAUUCAACUUGGCCCAGUUGGACCAGCAGCUCGUGUUCAAGCACGGGGAAGCCGUCGAUCUUCGCCUACGGGACGAGGAUCGAGAACUCAUCUUCAAGGGGCCUCUCAAGAAACGCGGUGGAACGCAGAGCGACAGCGCCGAACUGCAAGUGUUCCUCUUCGACCACGCCGUUUUGAUGGUGAAACAGAAGAGCAAGAAUGAGCAGUACAAGGUCUACCGCAAGCCCAUCCCACUUGAGCUCCUUGUCGUGGCUCCGAUUGACGAUUCGGCCUCGGGCCGCACUGGCGCUGUGCGACCCAAGUCCUUGAUGGCAAGAGGCACGAGCACAAAAUACCCUUCGCAACCACCACCCGGCGUUGAAAAGAACACCAAACAAGGUUUCGCCAUGACGUUCAUUCAUCUGGGGAGACGAGGGUAUCAGAUCACGGUUUGGGCAGCUUCGUGGGCGGGGCGGAAAAAGUGGCUGGAGAAGAUCGAAGCAAGGCAGAACGAACUCAAAGACCGCAGCCUCGUGUUCGAGACGUUGCCACUGACCUCGGGAUACUUCGUUGGCACGAAUCGACUGAUCUGUGCCGCACCUUUCGGUACGCCUUUGGAUUUGCAUGGUCCUACCUUCUGUUGCAUGCCCGCUUUGCUGACCACGUAGUGUCAUCGCAUGCGCAUGCUGCUCCAACGCAGAAAACGGCAACCGGAUGGUCUAUGGGACAGAUAACGGCGUUUACCUUUCCGAUCUUCGAGACGUGAACAAAGCUCCCCUCAAAGUCAUCUCCGUCCCGAACGUCACUCAGCUCGACGUCUUGGAGGAGCAGGGCAUCCUCAUUGUACUGGCAGGUACGUCACUGCGCUUCGAGACCCAUUCCCCACAAAUUGGACCGCCCCCAAACGGCUGAACCCUUGAUGUCGCGUGCUUCAUAGACAAAGCUGUUCAAACGUUUUUUGUCGAUCACCUCGACCCGGGCGAUGCGAUCGGUGCAGCCAAACGCGCCCGCAAGAUCUCCUCGCAUGCCACUUUCUUCAAGGCCGGGCAGUGCUUGGGACGGACUUUGGUCUGCGUGGUCAAAUCGGGCUCGGUCUCGAGUACGAUCAAGACCCUCGAACCCAUUGACCAGGUCCGGGGCAAGAAACAGCCGGCGCUACGCAAGUUCCUGCAAGGCAGCAACGAGUCUCUGAGGGUCUUCAAGGUGAGACCAUGGAAAGAUGAUCAUCUGUGCAAUCGCCGCGGUGAGUGCUCACAGGCCUCUGUUUUUCGCUGUUCAGGAGUUCUAUAUACCCAACGAGUCAUCAUCGGUCCAUUUCCUCAAGUCAAAGCUCUGCGUUGGCUGCACUAAGGGCUUCGAGAUUGUCGAUCUGGAAACUCUCGAUACGCAGGGUCUGCUCGAUCCCGCGGAUUCUUCCCUGGACUUUGUGCAGAAAAGGGAGAUGGCUCGCCCGAUCGCUAUUUACCGAAUCGACGGGGAGUUCCUGCUUUGCUAUGACGGUGCGUUGACGGAUCGGGAUGCCCCACAACCCCUGAGGCAGGGACUAACUCUCUUUCCUCGGUCUGCAUGGUCGCAAAAGAGUUUGCAUUCUACGUCAACAAAAACGGUUGGCGCGCAAAGUCGAAUUGGAUCAUCCAGUGGGAAGGAUUUCCCACACACUUCGGUAGGUCGCAACCGAAGCCCCGAUGUCACACACUGGAAGCUGACCCACAUGGUCGUGAACGCAAUCACUGUGCCAGCUCUUCACUACCCUUAUGUGCUCGCCUUCGAGCCGACGUUUAUCGAGGUCCGUCACGUCGAGAGCGGUGCACUCAUGCAAAUUAUUCCGGGAAACAACAUACGCUGCCUCUAUGCCGAAACGCCGCCCUCGCUCUCGAGCAACUCAGCCUACUACCCGCCGGUCAAUAAUUCCUUUGGUUAUGGGCGAUACACUGCAACAGGGCCACCAUCUCGGAAUGAGAGUGAGUCCGAUAAGCUGAGCCCCGAGGUCCGCUCACGAGGCGGGCCUGUUUCCUGAUGUCCGAUGUCUUCUUUACUGAACUGAACCGGGUGUCCACUUGCCGCAGUGAUUGUUGCCGAUGGAGACCGUGCCUUCUCGCUUCAGUUCACCGGCUGA